AUGGAUGUGGAAUUAACUAGAUAAAAAACUUUUAAAUAAAGCACAAAUUCUAUCAACGAAGUGUUGUAAUCAUAAAAUAUGAAUCCCCUUGAAACUAGUAUAAUCAAACAUAACAAUAAUAUAAGAUAAGACAGCGUAACAUCAAAUGUAAAUGUGAUAAAUUUGCAAAUUUAGCAUUAAAUAAAUACGAAGUCAUUAAUACUGAAUGAUAAUGAAUAAAUUGAAGAUCUUAAAUAAACUGAUUCAGAAAGAAAAAAAAUUUUAAAUAAUUUAUCUCUUAAAAGAUCAUCUCUUUUGAGGAAGGAGUGCAUAAUAAAAGAUGAAAAGACUGUUUUAACGUUUUCUACUCUAUAUGUUGCCAAAUUUAUUCGGAGAAUCAAAGCGAUGAGCUCUUUGAUGAGAUUUAAAGAAAUGGGGUAUUCCCAAUUCAAAAUUAUAAAAGACAAAUCAACUGAUUACAAAUACUAUUUUAUAAAAGAAAUGUUUUCUGGAGAUGCUCCAUCUAUCAUAGAUAAAUUUUUCCACAAACUAACAAAUUCUCAAUUAUGGAAAAGGUGUAACAAAUUAAUAGGUACAUUAAAGUUAAAUCAUUUGACCUUACUGAUAUAUCCUAAUUCGUUAAUAAGACUCAUUUGGAUUAGCUUUCUCCUAUCAAUAAUUACAAUAAAUUUAGUAUAUGUGCCUUUUAAAUAUUCAUUUGAUAUUUAUGAAACAUCAAAUUUAAUAUGGUUUGUUUACUUCUUGCCUUAGAUAGCUUUUAUCUCAGAAAUAUUUUUGACUUUUUUUACAGCAAUUUAUAGAAAAGGUCUUAUUAUCACUAAAAAAAGAAUAAUUUUUGUUGAUUAUACAAAAGGGAAGUUGAUAAAAGAUAUUCUAUUUGUCAUUCUUUAUCUGAUUGGAUUGCAUACGAAUCAUUAUACUGAUCUAGUAAUAUUGUUAAGAACUUAUGAUAUAUUUUAAAUACUACGAGAAAUAGACGAAAGAUUUUAAUUUCGUGGGAAAAUUGCUAGUUGUAUGGAGUUAUUCAAGCUUAUAUUUUUUAUCAUCAUAUUUGCACAUUAUAUUGCUUGCGUUUGGCAUAAAAUAGGCGUACUUGGCAAACAGGAGGGUGAGAAAGUUACAUGGAUGACUGCAAUAGAUAUUUAACCAGCAACAGUUGCAGAUUACUAUAUAACAAGUCUUUACUGGGCGGUUGUUACAAUGAUUACUUUAGGAUAUGGAGAUAUUGUUCCUAAAAAUUAAUAAGAAAAGCUGUUUGUUAUACUGAUAACAUAAAUUAGCUGUAUAUUAUUUGCUUACACCAUGAAUUCGAUUGGUGAGAUUUUAAAAGAAAUGGGCAAAAAGUAACAGCUAUUUAAGUAAUAGAUGAGCUUAAUUGAUACUUACAUGAGGAAAAGAGGUUUAAACUAGUUAACUCAAGUAAAAGUUAGAAAAUACUUUGAAUACUUGAAUAAAGAGUCUAUGGAAGAUAACGAGUAAAGUAGUUAGCUCAUUUAAAAUCUACCUUAAUCAUUAAAAGAGGAAGUAUACUCAGAUGUUUAUGGGCGAGUUUUGAACUAAAAAAAAAUUUUUAAUUUACAUUUUUCUCCAUAGUUUCUAAAGGAACUUUCGCUUGUUAUCAGAGAAAGAAGACUUGGUCCUGAAGAAGUUCUCUUUAAAGAGAAAGAGCGAUCAGAUUCUUUAUUUUUUGUUAUGAAAGGGAAAGUAUAAAUGAAACAGAGAAAUCUCGAAGUUCUAAAAACUUUCACAAAAGGAGAUUUAUUUGGAGAAAUUCAAUUUUUUGGAGAUUGUGAAUCAGAGUACACAGCUGUUACUGCUAAUGUUACAUCUUUAGCAGUUCUCAAAAAAAAAGAUUUUUUGGAUGUGAUUAUGCGUUUUCCUAAAGACUAUGAAUAAUUUUGCUUCAUGAAGGAUAACAUAAACUUGUACCAAAAUAUAGAGGGGUUAGAUCAUAAAUGUGUAAGCUGUAACAGCUUCACUCAUACAUUGAAGAAUUGUUAAUAUGUUAAUUAUGUGAGAAAUAAGUAAAAGGUUUUAAAUUCCUUCACUAAGUAUCAAGAUUAAAAAAGAACAAUUUUCAUAAGAUAGAGAUAAAGAAGAAAAUAAAAUGCCCUAAAAAGCUAAAAGCAAGUGUACGAUUCUGUAGUCAAGUAAAUAUUUUUAGCAUCAAAGUAUGCAAAAGCAUAAGAUCUAUAGGAAGAAUUAUCUGAUAUGGACUCUUAGGAUUUAUCGAUUAGUUAUAGUGAAGAGAAUGUUCAAGGGGAUAAUUUAAAUGACGAAGCAGAAAUCUCUCGCGCUGCAGUUAGUAUGAUAAGUUCAAUAUCCCCUUAGUUUACUAAUGAUUUCUUUUAAAGGACGAAAGUUAAGAAGCUAUCCUAAAUAAAUCAAGCAAAAAAACCUUAAAAAGUUUCUAAAUUUGCAAGGUAUAUGAAGGAAGAUGAUUUUAACAUUAGGCGGGUGGAAAGUGAUGUAGAAGAAAAUAAAUCUGAAUCAGAGGAACCACUAUAAAAUUAACUAAGUGAGUCAAAUCAAAUGCUUAAAUCCUAAGCUAUUUUAACAAAUACAGCUAGAAGAAUACUCAUAAACUCAAAAGAGAUCAAUAAAGUUAAUGGUUUUAACUAAAGCAAUAAUACACUACAUAAAAACGAUUUUAACAUUUCAGAUAACUAAUAUCAAAUAACUUAAUUUACUGACAAAGAUUUUAAUGAUGAAUAGUCUCUACAAUAUAAUAAAUCAAAUUAUGCUCACUAAGGUAUCCUUUCAACUGAAGAUAACUUAAUUUCUCCUACUUCUAAUUAUAAAAAUUUUAUUAUUUCACCAAAGGCAAUGUUUUUAGAUUUAAAAAGACCAAGAGAUAUUCGAUUUGAAAAGAAAAAGGAAAAAAUUAUUACUAAAUUUUUAUAAAAAAGUCAUGAAUUAGACUUUAUAAACGAAAUUAAAUCUCCUAAAAGCGAUACAGAUAAACCUUAAGCACAAAUUAAAAACGGAAAUAGUAUUUAGGAAUCCUUAUAAGAUUCAUAUGAAUUAAAUAUUACCAAUGAAACACCGAUAAACAGUGAUGAUAAAAAAUAAAAUAAAAAAGGGAAGGCAUUUAAAAUAUUCACAUAGUAACUCCACCAAGCAUCGAUGCAAAAAUUAAAAAAUGGGAAUUUAACUCCUCCAAAUAGAACUCAUCAAAAUUUAAUAAUGAGUGAUGAAAAAAAUUCUACACUAACUUCUGGUAAAAAGAAGUUAAGUUUGUAAGAUAUUCCUAAAAUAAAUAUUUCUUAAAUAAAUUAAUACAAUUCUGAUAAUUAAAAUGGAAAUAAUUUAAAAAUAUCUCCUAUAUAAUAAAAUUAAACAAAAAAUAAUGAAAGUGCUAUCGUAAGUGAUAACGAUUUGGCUGGAUACUUGAGUCCAAUACCUCAUACAUAAGAUAAAAGUUAAACUUCUUUUUAUCAAUUGUCAGAAGGAUUUAGUUCAGGAAAAAAUAUUUAAAAUAAACCAAAAGUGUGGAAUAAGUUAAAUCCAUCUAAUUCUUUGAAAAAGCACUUGAGAACCUUUAAAGUAGUGUAGAUUUAAGAAGAGCAAUAUGAAUCAAGUCAAAAUAAUGUUAGUAAAUCACCUAAUAAAGAGCGAAAUGGAUAAAUUAGUGAUGAAGAAUCAAUUCAUAAGGCAAAUAGUAAUUCUAAUAACUCUAAGAAUUCUUCAGAUAGCGAGUAAAAUUCAAAAAAAUAACAAAUGUAUGAUAACUAAGAUUACAUUAAAUUUAACACUGAAUUAGAUUUAAACGAAAGAGAUCUGUUUAUUUCUAGCUUUGAUAAAAUGAAACUUUUCGAAAUUUAUUUUCCUUCAAAUAAUUACAGUGUAUCUAUCAAUAAAUAUAAUCUCUUCAGAAGAAAAACACUAGGAUACAAAAAUAUGAUCAUAAGGAAAAAAGCUCAAGUAAAGAAAAAAUUAGCUAUAUUUAAUAAGCUUCAUUUUUGA